GCGAGUUGCAUUUGGUAAAACCCAGCCCGGAAUAUAUAGAUCACUGGAGCGCAAUGAAGUAGCCUUUGGAGAGGAGGGAGGGGGCCCGUCCGACAGCCCCAGCGGCCAGCGCAGCGGCGGCACCAUCCGCGCUCGCACCCCAGCCGCCCGGCCCGCGAGGAGGCAGCGCGGCGGCCGCCGGCGGGAGCGGAGGCGGCGGCGGGGAGGCGGAGAGGAGCAGCAGGAGGAGCAGGGGCGCGCAGCCGGCGGGUCCACGCAUCUCGGCACUUCCAGAGCAACUCCGGCGCCUUCCAUACCCCUGCCCGGGGCUGGGGGCUCCGAGAGCGGCCGCGAAGCCCUCCCGAUCGUCCCCCCACCCCGAGCCCUGCCCAGCCCUGCCCUGCGCCUCCCGGGCUCCGCUCCGCGCGGCAGGGUCCCGGCUCCUGCGCCCCGGGCGCGCCUCCCGGACACCCCGGUCCCCGCAGCCAGGACAAAGCCAUGAAGCCGGCGCUGCUGGAAGUGAUGAGGAUGAACAGAAUUUGCCGGAUGGUGCUGGCCACUUGCUUGGGAUCCUUUAUCCUGGUCAUCUUCUAUUUCCAAAGUAUGUUGCACCCAGUCAUGCGGAGGAACCCCUUCGGUGUGGACAUCUGCUGCCGGAAGGGGUCUCGAAGCCCCCUGCAGGAACUCUACAGCCCAACCCAGCUGGAGCUCUCGAACACCGCCGUCCUGCACCAGAUGAGGCGCGACCAGGUGACGGACACCUGUCGCGCCAACAGCGCCCUGAGCCGCAAGCGGCGGGUGCUGACCCCCAGCGACCUGAAGCACCUGGUGGUGGACGAGGACCACGAGCUCAUCUACUGCUACGUGCCCAAGGUGGCGUGCACCAACUGGAAGCGGCUCAUGAUGGUGCUCACCGGGCGGGGCAAGUACAGCGACCCCAUGGAGAUCCCGGCCAGCGAGGCGCACGUGGCGGCCAACCUCAAGACGCUGAACCAGUACAGCAUCCCAGAAAUCAACCACCGCUUGAAAAGCUACAUGAAGUUCCUGUUUGUGCGCGAGCCCUUCGAGCGCCUGGUGUCCGCCUACCGCAACAAGUUCACGCAGAAGUACAACACGUCCUUCCACAAGCGCUACGGCACCAAGAUCAUCCGGCGGCAGCGCAAGAAUGCCACGCAGGAGGCGUUGCGCAGGGGUGACGACGUGCGCUUCGAGGAGUUCGUGGCCUAUCUCAUCGACCCGCACACGCAGCGCGAGGAGCCCUUCAACGAGCACUGGCAGACCGUGCACUCGCUCUGCCAUCCGUGCCACAUCCACUACGACCUCGUGGGCAAGUACGAGACGCUGGAGGAGGACUCCAACUACGUCCUGCGGCUGGCGGGCGUGGGCAGCUACCUGAGGUUCCCCACCUAUGCCAAGUCUACGAGAACUACUGACGAGAUGACCACAGAGUUCUUCCAGAACAUCAGCUCGGAGCACCAAACGCAGCUGUACGAAGUCUACAAACUCGAUUUUUUAAUGUUCAAUUACUCAGUGCCAAGCUACCUGAAGUUGGAGUAAAGGGGGCGUGGGGAGAGGGGAGAGAAUCGUGCUUUUUAAUUUAAGAUGUUUAUUUGUCAAAAGAAAUUAUAUGGAUAUUGGGUUAUUUUGUAAAGUAAUAUUUCUUUGGGGAAUGAUGCUGCGAGCAGCAUGGUUGAGAAUUAUUUAAAAUCCUUAGUAGGGAAGGACGGCUGUCUUUGCAGGGGAAUAGGUUGGGUGUGUCCUUGUGCCUAGACGUGAAUACCUGCAACACUGCCUCAGAGGUUUCCUUGUGCUCUGGUGAAUUCCACAAAUUGUGCAUCCCAGAAAUUCUAAUUAAUAUUAUUUAUCGUUAUUUAAACAUGGUCUCUGUGUAGAUUUCUUUCUGUGGCAGCAAGAUCCUAAUGUCUUUGCAGAAGAAAUGUGUGUUUUUGUUCUGUGCUUGCUACAAGCUCAUUCUGGGGCAUGAAUGUUCUCCUCACUAACCGCUCACAGAGUUAACUGUCUGAUAACCCUUGCGAUGUCUGUUGAUACCACCUUUCUUGGAAAUCGGUGAGAAAUAAAUAGAAAAAGGCACCUUUGCAAGGGACUGAUUCCAAACAGAUUCCAAGCAACCCAAGAGUCCCUUGCACUAAGAAAAAAAAAAUGUGAUUUUUUUUUUUUUUAACCCAAGGAGAAGAGCUGAGUGUAGCUUUUUUUUUUUUUUCUUUUUUCCUUUUCCACCAGAUUAGCAGUCUGAUAGAAUAGGCUUUUCUACGGAAAUUUUUAACUGGCAGUGCCAGUUGUGAUAGUGAAGUGGCUGUUACUUUAUAGUCAGCAAGUAUUUAUUGAGCAACUGCUAUGUGCUGGGCCUAAUUGUAGGCCCUGCGGAUAGAGCAUGGAACAAAACCAAUGGUCUCGGCCCUCAAGAAGCUUUAUGUGGACACAGUUUCCAGCUUGACAAUUAGCAAACCCCUCAUAUUCGUGGACUUUACAUGAGAUUUGGACCAUUUUGAACAACCCCAGAAGGUCCAUGACCCCUACAGAUUUGCGUUUUUCUCUGGCCCAAAUUUGAAAACCACACACUUAGAACAGGCCACUUGGUGAGUAAUCCAGGCUCAUCGCCCAACACAAGAGAAGACAAAAGUGUUUCCCAUCAUGUGUCCACUCCAGUGGAUUGGUAGUGUCCACCUUUAAGCCCCAGAACAGAUUCGCCAGGCACAGCAUGGAGGGGAGCUGUCACCAAUUAGUGAUGUCUGCCUUGGCGGGGGAGGGAAGAGGAUCAUUCGCCAAGUGCCUCUUCCUGCCCCGUCAGCCCUGGCACCCACGCCUCCGCAUGGAAGUGUUCUCUCUUCUUUGCAUGUGCAAGAGUGAGAAGCUAUGGCAGACCUCGUACAUUUGGGAUCUGGAGUGGUCUGGCAUUUCUCCCCUGGUGAAGGUCAGAGGUGGACCCCCUGUACACAUACGCACGCACAUACCCCUCCCAAGUCCUCCAGAGGCCGAGACCAUCCGCACCUUGGCAAGCACCAUGCAUGAGCAGCAAGGACAGCCUUCUGCGACUGUAAUCCGUGACCCCUUUCCUCCGGAAGGUCGGAAACAUUCUACUUCCUGUUCCUUGCUAAUUACCAUCUGCACAUGCUUCUCAUUUUCCAGCCAUUUCGAUGCCUCGGUUGAAGUUUGGCCACAUCCCUCUUACAACUAGUGAAUGAUUUGGUAGCAAAUCCUGUAUAUAAUAACUAUAGUUCUAAUAAUAGGGGGUGGGGUGGGAUGGGGUGUGGGUAAGCUUUGCUUUUUGUUUUGUUUUUGAUGCAGUAUAUAGCAAAGGGGUGAGAAUAUUCUCAACAAACAGAAAUGAAUAAUUUAUUCACAGAAACUAUUAGAAUUGUAUUGGAAAGCUCACAGCCAGUUCAGCAGCAGCUGCUGAAUCUCACUGAGGACAUGAUUUUAUUGAAUGUGAGUGAGGUGUGCACUGGGGAGGGGGCGGCCAAAGCUUUUUAUAAAAUGUUGUGUCCCUUCGUCCAAGCUCUCUCCCCUUUGUGAAGGGCACAGCGACUGUGCCCUCCUUGGACAGAGAUGUAUGCCGUGUGUUUUACUGAAUAGAGCGACAGACCUCAGCUGUCCCUGGAAUUGGGAGUCUGGGCCCUGUUUCCAGGCAGGGGACACUGUCCUCCAAAAUAGGGCUUCUGCUAAUGAAACAUUGUCCAGCAUUUCCUGAUAUGUGCUCCACAGAACAAAAAGGUUCUAGGAGAUGUGAAGUUAGUGUGAUGCAAAAAAAAAAAAAAGAAAGAAAGAAAAGAGAAAGAAAAAAAAACAUUUUGAGGUCAGAUAUCUUUGGGAAACAAAGUCAAUUUCCUCUCUACAGGACUUUUCAGAGCCUUGGAUGUAAGCUGUGCAUUAUGAACCCCCAAAAGCAUCAUUGAGUUGGUAGCAUUUCCUGAACUUAUGUGACCAGGAUACUCUAUUUUGCAGAUCUCACAGAAAUGUUCCACAGAAUAUACUUUGGUUAGGUCGAUUUACAUAUCUGAGGUCAUCAAAGAUAAAACGACUUCCCUGACCCUUCUCCAAAACAAAACAAAACAAUAAAACAGUACCAAUCCAUCUCUAUCUGGUUUAUAGCAAGAGGUACUUUAUCAAAUCAAUUAAACUUUUACUUAAGUGCAAUGGUUUUAAUCCUGGAUACUACCCUGGGCAAUGAUUCCAUCCCUCCCAAAGGGAGCAGAGGAUGGUCUUGAGUGGUGUGGACAGAGGAAGGGAAGGGGACAUAAGGCCACAGAAUAGUCCCCUUACUCCUCAAGCCUUAGGUUGCUCAAAGCACGCAAAGGGAGCUCAACCCUUCAGGAGUGCUUCUUCAGUUCCAGAGUUUGGAAUUGUUCACCGUGUGCUUUUGUUUUUCCAAUGGAAAUUCCCAUAGAUUUCACAAACUCUGUGUUCCCGCCACCAUCUUUGUUGGAUCGGGUGAGCUCACUCGGGCCGUGUGCAGAGUACCGCCUUUCAUCCAUCUUCUCUCAAGCGAGAAAGACUGUCCUUCAGGGGACAAGACAUCAGUGUAGUUCUGCAAUGAGGGACUUUGUCCUUGUGUUUGUUUUGUGUUCACAUUUUAUUUUCUAAUGGCAUAAAAAUUAAAAAAAAAAAAACUGAAUCAACUGUUCUGCAGAAUGUAGAAAGUAUUCUGUGUCCUUGGUAUAAAAGAAUCCAUGGGUAAAAAUGUGCCUGGGAAGCAAAAGCUUGUGUUUUUGUUUUUGUUUGUUUUUAAGAAAACUGUUUGAAAACGCUUUUCAUUGCAUGCUUCGCUGGAGAAAAGUACAGGCAGGUGUCCCACCUCCAAGCCACUUUUCAAAGGUGCUGCUGUGUUUUCAAAACCAGGUACAGUUAGGGUAGUAUUUACAAGGACAUUCCUGCUUAACCUAUCCCUUUGGUUGGAAAAUUCUAGAAUAUUAGCCACAGGGUUUGAAUUCCUGCAGCUUCUCUGGACCACCCUCCCCAUCCCCCUCUCCACCUCCCCAGCUGGUCUGGGAAGAAAGGCAGUCCGUUGACCUCUGGUGUCUCAGAGGGGACCUUCCUUCCUCCCUGUCCACCAGGUGAGCUCCACCCUCCUGAUAGCAUCCUGGUGUGGAGGCACAAGGGGCUAAUUCCUGCUGGUAGAAAGUUCCCAGGGGAAGAAAAAAAAAAAAAAAAGUCACUGGCGCACUUAGCUGGUGGGGUCUGGCCCACUGCUGAGGUAGUGAUUACUCAGGUAGAACAGGUAGAAGUCCCUGUCCGAAACUGGCAAGAAGCCAAGGGACUCUGUCCCCAGUGGGUGAUGUCAGACCAUGUCCCUCACAGACUGCCCCUCCCCCAUGCACACCAACACACACAAAAUGAGCUGCCCCCUUCUGUGCAAUCCGUGUGACCAGAAUCCCUUCCCGGCCCCCUCCUAUGUCAGCAGGACUGACCUCAUGGCUCCCCCAAUUUCCGAAAACCAGCAUUUAUUUCUUCCAGCCUUUUCUCAUCAGCUGACCGGACCCUAUGAACAGGCAACAGGACCUACGAUAACCAGCUUGCCCCUUGGCUGUUCACAGGCGAAUUUCGGUUUGCUACUCUGUUGGGUACAGAAGGGGCUGCCCGUACUGUUUUCCUAUGAGCAUGCUCGGUAUGAUAUAUGCGCAUAUAACUUAACAUCUUUGUGGAGUGUGAUUUUUUUUUUCUUACCUAUUUGUAUGCAGUAGAGGGCUUGUUUUAGAAAACUCUCCGUCUCCUACUGUACCGUUCAAGAAAGCUGAAUUCCACAUUGCCAACAAAAGCGUGAAAUGUUCAUGAACCUUCCUCCAGGAAAAGCCAUUCAAGCCUGAUUAUUUUUCUA